CCCCCCGCCUCCUCUCCGACCCGACGUGCCAACGGGCACGUCUCCACUGCCGCGGCCCGCCCGCCCCACGUCAGCCGCCCGGCCCCUACUUAAGACGGCGGCCGGCACCUCCCCGCCCUGCUGCCACAGCACGUAGCUGAGGAUACUCGAAGUGCACCAUGUCUCUCAAGGAUCAGCUCAUCCACAAUGUCCACAAACAGGAGCAGAGUCAUGCCCACAAUAAGAUCAGUGUGGUUGGUGUGGGUGCAGUUGGAAUGGCCUGUGCUAUCAGCAUCCUGAUGAAGGACUUGGCUGAUGAACUUGCCCUUGUUGAUGUUGUGGAGGACAAGCUCAGAGGAGAGAUGCUAGAUCUCCAGCAUGGGAGCCUUUUCCUUAGAACACCAAAAAUCAUCUCUGGCAAAGAUUACAGUGUGACUGCACACUCCAAGCUGGUCAUUGUCACUGCUGGUGCCCGUCAGCAAGAAGGAGAAAGCCGCCUGAACUUGGUCCAGCGCAACGUCAAUAUCUUCAAAUUCAUCAUUCCUAAUGUUGUUAAAUACAGUCCUGAUUGCAAGCUGCUUAUUGUUUCAAACCCAGUGGAUAUUUUGACCUACGUGGCGUGGAAGAUCAGUGGCUUUCCUAAACACCGUGUUAUUGGUAGUGGCUGCAAUCUGGACUCUGCCCGUUUCCGCCACCUCAUGGGAGAAAGACUGGGCAUCCAUCCUCUGAGCUGCCAUGGAUGGAUUGUUGGAGAGCAUGGAGAUUCCAGUGUACCUGUCUGGAGCGGAGUAAAUGUUGCUGGCGUCUCCCUGAAGGCUCUUCAUCCAGACUUGGGAACUGAUGCAGACAAGGAGCACUGGAAGGAGGUCCAUAAGCAGGUGGUGGACAGUGCCUAUGAGGUCAUCAAACUGAAGGGGUACACAUCAUGGGCUAUUGGCCUUUCUGUGGCAGACCUAGCUGAAACUAUUAUGAAGAAUUUAAGAAGAGUGCACCCGAUCUCUACAAUUGUUAAGGGCCUGCAUGGAAUAAAAGAUGAUGUCUUUCUAAGUGUUCCUUGUGUACUGGGCAAUAGUGGCAUCACUGAUGUAGUGAAGAUGAUCCUUAAACCUGAGGAAGAAGACAAAUUAAGGAAGAGUGCAGAUACGCUCUGGGGAAUCCAGAAGGAAUUACAGUUUUAAAUCUGCCCAACCAGUUCACUCUGCAGUUUAAUGGGUUUAGUGGUUUGUCUUAACGUUGCACUUUCCAGGUUAAGUCUUUCAACAUAUGUAUCUUAACUAGAACACACAAAAAGCUUGAAUCUGAACAAGUGAUGUUCUUCAAGACACCAUUAGGAAACUAUGGUAGGGUUUUCCCUGUUCAGACACGCCUGUUCUUUGCCAGAGCUAGAUAACCUAGUCAGUCUUGUACAGUGCAGUAGUGUAACAGAAAUCCAACACUCAAAGCAGCACUGCCUAGAAAACCCUUUGCCUUUUCCUUAUCUUGUUUAAUGUUGGUUCAGAACAAUAAGUAACUAUUACACAAUGUCAAACCAAAGUAUUAUCUCGCAGUUAAAGGAUUGUCAACUUUCUCUGCCACCUGAUGUAAGUAUUUCACUAUGGGUAGGUCCAAAUCUAUUUUCCUAACACUGCUCUAAAAUUUUUGUGUAUUUUUUUUUUUUUUAGAGAACCUUAUUUUUGUGUACUAUAUCAGCCUAGUUGUAAGUUUGUCUCCUAAGCAUGUUUAAAAAAUGUUAAGGUUUCUGCAGAAGACAGUGACUGUCCAACUGUAGUACCAGCUCCAACACCAAAUAAACCAUGAACUGUU